UUCAGUCAUGUGGCGCAUCGGAAUUCUUCUCUGUCUGCUAAUUGUUCCUUUUUCAGAAGGCAAGGACAGACAGGAAGUAUGUACUCUACGGAUGAUGUGCGACAAAAUCGAUGAAGUUAAAUCGGAAGUGGAUGCUGUCCGCGAGGAGCAAGAACAACAGAAACUUAUGCUGGAAAACCAGGCAAAUAUUUUGGAAAAUCAAUCAGACAUUUUGAAACAACAAUCGCAGAUUCUGGGGGAAAUGGCAUUGUCUCGAAACAAAUCGUACCCUUCAAGCUGUGCCGAUGUAUCGAGAGAGAUCAAGCUACUGAUCCGCCUCCCCGAGUACAGUGAGGAUCCCUUCGAGGUGGCCUGCGAUCAGCGGAGUCACGGCGGUGGCUGGACCAUAAUUUUGCGACGACACGAUGGAAGGCAGGACUUUUACCGCGGGUGGGAGGACUACAAACGUGGUUUUGGUGACCUGACCAGUGAAUUCUUUUUGGGAUUGGACAAAAUCCAUGCUAUGACCAGUGACCAGAUCCAGGAGUUGAUCGUCCUUCUGGAAGAUCAUGAGGGAGUUAAGGCCUUUGAGAUGUACGAUGAAUUCAGAGUCGGACCCGAGACUAACAACUACACUUUGGAAUCGCUGGGCUUCGCUUACGGACCCGCUGGUGAUUCCCUAAGGUAUCAAUUGGGCAUGAUGUUCAGCACCAAGGAUCGAAAUAACGACAAGAGAAAAGAUGGACAAGAAUGUGCAAAAAUGAGUACAGCUGCCUGGUGGUACAACGAGUGCCGCGAAAGCAACUUGUGUGGCACUUAUGGAAAUAAUGAAUUUGGAAAGGGAGUAGCCUGGAAAGCUUUCAGGGGUCUGGACUACUCCCUGAAGCGAGCCGUAAUGAUGAUAAGGCCUAGAACUGCGGCUCUUAACGGGUCUUAAUCGAACUUCUUAUAGAUUUUUAAAUAAUUCAGUAAUUGCAUUAAUAAAUUUCAUUAAUAUGAAUUAAAAAUUCAGCACGGUUAUAGCUUGGGCUAUUAUUAAUAACUAUCCCACAACUAAAAUCAUGUUCAACCAACCUAUUUAGUGGGCUUUAUAAUCAAAUUAUAAUGACAAAUUGUCAAAGAUUUAGAAAUAAAAUUUAUACGAGGCGUC